UUGCCCAUGGAGAGGAGUGUGCAUCACCCACAGGCCCUUGGCAGGGCCAGGGCUCAGGGCCCAGGGGGAGUCAGGCAGGCCGGUGGCCCUGAAAAUUCAGAAAGCAGGCCUCCCUCAGGUUUGCUUCCUCUUCUUUUGUUUUGUCAUGAGCCUUUCCAUGACCCAGGUGCUGUGCUGGAGGCUGCAGACACAGGCGUGCAAGCAAAUGCUAGGCCCCUGGGUGCUGGCCGCGUGGACCUUGUAAUCUAGUGGGUUUAGCAGAUCAUAAUUUUAAAGCCAUCAUGGCUUCCCUGACCCUUUAUUCAACCAGCUGCCUCUUUGAAGAGAAGCCUCACUCUUGGCUGGAAGUUCGACCUUGAAUCUGAUCCCCUGCAAUGGGUCUACUCCCUGCCCAGUGGGGAGGGUUUGCCACGUGGCUUGGGGGGCAAGCAGACUGCUCUGUAGGUGUGCUCACCAAGACCACCAGAACCUGCCUCCCCCACCAAGGGUGUUCACCCGCUAAAGGAGCCAGUAGCCUGGAAGCAUCCUUGUCCACACAUCACCACAGCUGAGCUUCUGACCCCGCCCUGCCCCCAGCCUGCCUUCCCGACUGCUGGCAUCCACUUUAUCGGGGUUCUCAGGACAGACAGCUGGCUUGUGUUAUGUGCCUGCUCCCUCCUGUCCUCUGCCUGUCUGUUCUGGUUUUAAAUAGCUUAUCUGAGCAGCUGGACGACCACAUGGGCUUAUAUGGCCUGGGGUAUAUGUUCCCUUAGCCCUGUCCCUGGCACCUGCCAAAAUAGCAGCCAACACCCCCUCUCCCCCUGCCCCCGCCACCCCUGGCGUGACUCCCGCGCACAUUCCUCUCAUCGCUGGGCCGCAGGCCUGCUUAAAGCCUGUCCAGCCCCUGCCCUCGCCCAGACCCCGCGAGGCGAAGCAGACACCACAAGACCCGUUGGCAGCUCCUGUUCUGGAGGGAAGAGGAGGCCAUGUCGGACGUGGAAGAGACGGUGGAUGAGUAUGAGGAGCAGGAAGGUAAGCACACCCCGACUCUCACUGGGCGGAAGGACGGCCUGGAUGGAAACUGACUGUCUCUUUUCUCCUGUCUUGCGCUCACGCCUCCUCCCUGGAGCAGAAGCAGCCACAGAAGAGCACGAGGAGGUGGUGGAAGAGGAGGCUGGAGGUGAGGCUGAGGCUGGAGAGCCCAGCGCCGCAGAAGAUGGAGAAGAAGAGGAAGGUAGAGAGGCUGAAGAUGGCCCAGUGGAGGAGUCCAAGCCCAAGCCCAGGCCCUUCAUGCCCAACUUGGUGCCACCCAAGAUCCCUGAUGGAGAGAGGGUGGACUUUGAUGACAUCCACCGGAAGCGCAUGGAGAAGGACCUCAACGAGCUGCAGACGCUGAUCGAGGCGCAUUUCGAGAACCGCAAGAAGGAGGAGGAGGAGCUGGUCUCCCUCAAAGACAGGAUCGAGAAGCGGCGGGCCGAGCGCGCGGAGCAGCAGCGCAUCCGUACCGAGCGCGAGAAAGAGCGGCAGACGCGCCUGGCGGAGGAGCGUGCCCGCCGAGAGGAGGAGGAGAGCCGCAGGAAGGCGGAGGAUGAGGCGCGCAAGAAGAAGGCUCUGUCCAAUAUGAUGCACUUCGGAGGCUACAUCCAGAAGGCUGAGACGGAGCGUAAAAGUGGGAAGAGACAGACAGAGCGGGAGAAGAAGAAGAAGAUUCUGGCUGAGCGGAGGAAGGUGCUGGCCAUUGACCACCUGAACGAAGACCAGCUGAGGGAAAAGGCCAAGGAGCUGUGGCAGAACAUCUACGACUUGGAGGCGGAGAAGUUUGACCUGCAGGAGAAGUUCAAGCAGCAGAAAUAUGAGAUCAAUGUUCUCCGAAACAGGAUCAACGACAACCAGAAAGUCUCCAAGACCCGAGGGAAGGCCAAGGUCACCGGGCGCUGGAAGUAGAACAGCGCCUCCUUCUCCAGGACCUGCUCCUCACCGGCCACUCCUGACCCACCUUCUCCUGCUCUGCACUGUCCGCACCCUGCACAGCCACCCCUAUCCACCGCCGUCCCCCGCCGCAGACCCGGAGCCGCUGGCCUGGCUGGAAGCUGCGCUUGUGCCCGCUCCCCACCCCCAGUCAUAAUAAAAGCACUGCGCCCCCCGCA